AUGGCCACCCCUUCCGGUAAUAUCCUGCCGCUAAUAGCUGACGGCACCGUCAAAGCCUUGUGGCACGAUAUUCUCCUCUUUCCGCCUCCUCCCUCUUCCUCUGCCGCCUCCUCCACCUUCCCUGACUCGGCAACGUACGGUGACGUCAUCCCCUCUUACACCUCAUCCUUCUCCACCGCCCCCCCGCCGCCCGACAACCUCUGCAUUUUCGUCUGCACGCGCACGCGUUCCGCGGAACCUGGCGCCGCGGGCGGCGCGGGCGCGGGGAAGGCUAGCAACUCCGCCUUCCGCGUGCGGCGGCGGCGGCUGCUGCUGAGCGGUGCGACGGAGUUCGACGAGGACGAGAACGUGCCGUGGAACAUGGGCAUACUUCCGCAGACCUGCGUGCUCGCUUGCGGAGCCGCCGCUGACGCCGCGAAUGACGGCGGUUCGCCGGGGAAAACCAGCAAACCGGCUCCGCAAAGCGCCAUCGCUCCCGCAAGUGCCGGAAAUGAUUCCGGUGGUGGAAGCGCCGCGGGAUCGUCGGACGGCUUCGCGUCGCUGUUCGAUUACGCUCCGAUACAGGCUAUCGAGAUAGGGUUUGCACCGCGAGAAAUCGGGGAUACGUACGGUGUGAUUCCGCUAGCGGCGCUACCGGUGCAGCGACCUAAUAUGGGCGGCUCGGAGGUUUCCUAUAGGCUGAUUGUGAUUGCGGCGGAUGACCCGUUAAUGAUUCCGGAGGCGAGUGGCUAUAACGGAUUUGGAGUCGCGACGAUCGGGGAGGGCCAGAUUGCGGAGAGGGAGGAGUUGCAAGAGGAGGUGGAGCGGUGGGCCGUCAGAAACGGCUUCUCCAACCGAGUCGACGAUUGGGAUCUGCAGGAGGAUAAAGACGCGGAUACAAUCUUGAUCGACGCGCAUCGCGUCUGGAAGCUAGUCUUCCCGACCCUUUGCAAGCCGACGCGCCUCGCCCGUGGAGCGACCUUCCGCCGACUCGAUCCACGGUCGUCCUUCGCGGCGCGUCCCGGAAGCCCCGCCACUGCGCCACCUCGCGUGCUGGAGCUCGUCGUGAAGCCGGCAGAGACGUGCGUGAUUUCCGCCGCGAAAUCCGCGUCGUUUUCGCACAAAUCCGCGCGAAAGUUCAACGUGAGCGAGUUCAGCCGAGCGAAAACCGUCGGGGGUGGCGAGUUGUACCGAAACGGUAGCUACGGCGACAGCUUCGGCAGAUUCGACAGCCCCUAUAGCGGUGGCAGCGACGCCGAUUUGCUGUCACCUGGAAGCGGCUUCGGCGGCGGCGAAAGCGGAAACAAUAGCAGACGAGCCGUGGGGCUCCCUCCUGCGUCUCCCCCGGUGCGGCGCGUGCACAGCGUGGAGGCGCUUGAGGAAGAGGACGCGUCGCGGGGCUUAAGUAGGUCGGGGGACUGGCUCGGCGGGAAGCAGAAGCGAACGCGAUCUUCCGCCAUACGCCCCCUUCACUCGUCGCCACACGCACACUAG